CGAGGGCGUGGGGACCCCAGAGCUGGACACACCGCACCGGGGCCCCAGAGCCCAGCUGGUCGGACGGUCGCACGGUCGGACGCAGGACCCCAGAGCCCCGAGGUGGGCAGUGUGCCAGGGUCCCUCACAGCUUCCUCAAGGGGCCAGAACUAUGACUGAGGUGAUGCAGAGGGAGUUUCUCCACAAGAAAGUCAUCUGAGACCUUGGAGGAGCAGUUUGAGCAGAGGGUGGGGACCGGUCCACCUGAAAGCCCCAUCCAGGCUAUGGGCGUCAAGACAGCCUUGCCCGCAGCAGAGCUGGGCCUGUACUCCCUGGUGCUGAGCGGGGCCCUAGGCUAUGCUGGCCGGGGCCUCUUUGAGGCUUCACAAGGUGGGGCCCACAGGAAAGCCUUCCGGGAGUCUGUGCGACCUGGCUGGGAGUACAUUGGCCGGAAGAUGGAAACAAACCGAGACGGGCUUCCGCAGGGCCUCCAGCACCAUCCUCCCCAGGAACAACGCAGUAAUGGUGGAAUGUCAGGCAAUGUGCUGGACAGAGGGGGAGCUCGGAGCAGCAGGGCAGCCCACGUGGUGCCCCUCAUUCCUCUCUACCUACCUUCCUGGUACUUCCCUCAGAGGGGAAGGCAGGGACCUCAGCCGUUGCUCUCCUCUAAUGCACAAGAAGACUCUGGGGGCAGGGAAGGGGUUGAGACUCUGAGCAGCCCAAGCGCCAGCCCACUCUGCCCCCGCCCCACCUUAACCUGCCUGGGCCCGCCCCAGGACGUGGCUGACUUCGAGUGGGUGAUGUGGUUCACCUCCUUCCGCAACGCCAUCUUCCUCGCUCUCUCCGGACACGUGCUGUUUGCGAAACUCUGCACUAUGGUUGCCCCCCAGCUCCGCUCCUGGAUGUACGCUGUGUACGGGGCCCUGGCAGUGGUGGGCACGAUGGGCCCGUGGUACCUGCUGCUGCUGCUUGGCCACUGCGUGGGCCUCUAUGUUGUCUCACUCUUGCACCAGCCCUGGCUCUGUCUCGGCCUCGGCCUGGCCAGCCUCGCCUCUUUCAAGCUGGACCCCCUCAUCUCCUGGCAGAGCGGGUUUGUAACAGGGACUUUUGAUCUUCAAGAGGUGCUGUUUCACGGGGGCAGUGGUUUCACGGUGCUGCGUUGUACCAGCUUUGCGCUGGAGAGCUGUGCCCACCCUGACCGCCGCUACUCCCUAGCUGACCUGCUCAAGUACAAUUUCUACCUGCCCUUCUUCUUCUUCGGGCCCAUUAUGACCUUUGAUCGCUUCCAUGCUCAGGUGAGCCAGGUGGAGCCGGUGCGGCGAGAGGGCGAGCUGUGGCGCAUCCGGGCCCAGGCGGGCCUCAGCGUGGUAGCCAUCGUGGCCGUGGACAUCUUCUUCCACUUCUUCUACAUCCUCACCAUCCCCAAUGACCUCAAGUUCGCCAGCCGCCUCCCAGACAGCGCCCUCGCUGGCCUAGCCUACUCAAACCUGGUGUACGACUGGGUGAAGGCGGCCGUCCUCUUCGGCGUCGUCAACACCGUGGCGCGCCUCGACCACUUGGACCCGCCCCGGCCUCCCAAGUGCAUCACAGCGCUCUACGUCUUCUCCGAGACGCACUUUGACCGUGGCAUCAACGACUGGCUUUGCAGGUACGUGUAUGACCACGUUGGUGGGGAGCACUCUGAGGUGAUCCCAGAGCUGGUGGCCACUGUGGCCACGUUUGCCGUCACCACUCUGUGGCUCGGACCUUGUGAUACCGUCUACCUGUGGUCGUGCCUUAACUGCUUUGGCCUCAACUUUGAGCUCUGGGUACAGAAGCUGGCAGAGUGGGGGCCCCUGGCACGAAUUGAGCAGGCCUCUCUGUCGGAGCAGAUGUCCCGCAGGGUCCGAGCCAUCUUUGGGGCCAUGAACUUCUGGGCCAUCAUCAUGUACAACCUUGUAAGCCUGAACAGCUUUGAGUUCACAGAGCUGGUCGCCAAGCGCCUGCUACUCACAGGGUUCCCCCAGACCACGCUGGCCGUCCUGUUUGUCACCUACUGUGGUGUCCAGCUGGUGAAGGAGCGAGAGCGAACCCUGAUGCUGGAGGAGGAGCAGAAGCAGGACAAAGAGAAGCCGGAGUAGGGGAGAGGGGCAGAGGGAUGGGCUCUGCUCAGCUGUUCCUGGGAGGGGCCCGACUGAUACAAUAAAAGACUUUUUACCGCG